CCAGCGAUAGAGCUUCAAAACAGGACGUGGAAGAGGAAUAGCGGACAGAAGCAAAGCAGAGCCACCAGAAUCAAAUUUGGACCUAACUUACGAACCUUGUUUUCAUCAGCUUCCUUGUGUACUUUUUAAAAAUCUCGCUAAAGGCCUCAAAAAGACGAGAAGAAUGCGUCGAGGAACUAAAUCCUAACUUUCUUGGCAUUUGAGAAGUAGCACGCGCUGGUACCCAACCGGACUCUUUUAGCUUCUUUCCGAUUUAAAAUACAUCUGUUUAUAUACAUAUAGUAGCAUAAUGUUUUGACAAACGUUACAAGUAAAGACGUGGUCCGAUUUAAAGACACAUCUGCCUCUUUGUAAUAGUUCUACUAGUUAAUUCGAGCGGAGAGUGAGAUGACGCCGCUGGUUGGACUGCUGCUGAUGGCGGUGCUUUUGCACAUGAGCACACAGGCUGGGACGGACAGACAAAUCAAUCCUGAGUCAUGGCUGCAGCAAUAUGGUUACCUUCCCCCAGGGGACAUGCGGACCCACAGCCUACGCUCCCCUCACUCCAUCCCCUCAGCCAUCGCCGCCAUGCAGAGGUUCUAUGGCCUCAAGGUCACCGGCUCAUUUGACACCAACACCAUAGAGGCCAUGAAGAGACCUCGCUGUGGGGUGCCUGACAAGUUUGGUGCUGAGCUGAAGACCAACCUGAGGAGAAAGCGUUACGCCAUCCAGGGCCUGAAGUGGACAAAGAACCAAAUCACAUUUUCAAUACAGAACUACACCCCGAAGGUGGGCGAGUACGAGACCCACGAGGCCAUCAGGAGGGCCUUCAAGGUGUGGGAGAGCGUCACCCCGCUGCGCUUCCAGGAGGUCCCCUACCAUUACAUCCGGGACAAGGUGGAGGAGUUUGCCGACAUCAUGAUCUUCUUUGCGGAGGGUUUCCACGGCGACAGCAGCCCCUUUGACGGCGAGGGAGGCUUCCUGGCGCACGCGUACUUCCCUGGCCAUGGCAUCGGGGGUGACACCCACUUUGAUGCAGCCGAGCCUUGGACGAUCGGAAACCGGGACCUGCUGGGUAACGACAUCUUCCUGGUUGCGGUGCAUGAGCUGGGCCACGCUUUGGGUUUGGAGCACUCCAGUGACCCCUCCGCCAUCAUGGCUCCUUUCUACCAGUGGAUGGACACCGAGAACUUCGUACUCCCUGACGACGACCUCAGAGGCAUCCACCAACUUUACGGAUCUGGAUCGGGCCCUCAGCCUCCAUUCGUGACUCCCCGCACACCGACAGAAACAACUCCCGGCUAUUCGCCAGACAGGCCUCGUUUCGGGCCCAACAUCUGCGAGGGACACUUUGACACCAUCGGCAUCCUCAGAGGGGAAAUGUUUGUGUUUAAGGAUAAGUGGUUCUGGCGAGUGCGUAACAACCGCGUGAUGGACGGAUACCCCAUGCCCAUCGGUCACUUUUGGAGGGGGCUGCCUUCUCACAUCAACUCUGCUUUUGAGAGGGAGGAUGGCAAAUUUGCUUUCUUUAAAGGUGACAGGUACUGGGUGUUCACCGAAUCGGUUCUUGAUUCCGGAUACCCCAAGAAUCUCAAGGAAAUGGGGACUGGCCUUCCCAAAGAUCGCAUCGAUGCUGCGCUUUACUACACCCCCACGGGACAGACCUUCUUCUUCAGGGCUAGCAAGUAUUACCGUUUUAACGAAGCGUCGCGAAGUGUCGACGACGGUUAUCCGAGGCCUGUCAACGUCUGGCAAGGAGUUCCCGACAAUAUCAAGGCAGCUUUCAUGAGCAAGGAUCAAGCGUACACGUAUUUCUACAAAGGCAAUAAAUACUGGAAGUUCAACAACCAGAUGAUGCGCGUGGAGCCCGGGUACCCCAAGUCGGCGCUGCGUGACUGGAUGGGAUGUCCCAACGAAGACCCCAAGACGGACGGAGGACGCGGCGGCCACGACACGGACAAGGAGAAAGACCACAACGACGACGACAAGGACAGAAGCAGAGACAGGGAGACGGACAGGGAGAGGGAGAGAGAAACUGAGACCAAGGUGGAGGACGAGGAGGACACGGAGGUCAUCAUUAUCGAAGUAGACGAGGCAGGCGGGUCGGGGAGCGGCGGGGGCGCGGCCGCCGUGGUCAUUCCGUUGUUCCUGCUGGUGUGCGUGAUUGCAACGCUGGCGGCUUUGGUGUUCCUGCGUCGCUACGGUACUCCACGCCGACUCCUCUACUGCCAACGCUCCUUACUGGACAAAGUCUAGAGGAGCGCGCGGGGGAGGAGGGAGGAAGGGGAGGAAAGACGGGGACUGAAAGAGAAACCAGUGGAAGGGAGGUCGUGUUGAAGGAGGUGUGAGGAAGAGCGCUUAGUUUGGAAACCACUGCAAGUUUCGUCACUCAAGCGCUUCCGUGUCGUUCUCUGUUGUUUCGUUCACCUUUUGCAGCCUUUUAGUGCCAGCAGACGUCAUUUGCCCCUUUUCCACUGUCGACAACGUUGGUGUUGGUGCUGGACUACGUUACCGAGUUGCCUGCCGGCGGACUUCGACAACAUCGGGUUCAUUUUCCAUUGUCCUGGGGAGCCGGUCAUUACAUCACAGGGAUUAGGGUUCGGGAUGGGUUAGGGUUCGGGAUGGGGCGGGGCUGGGGAUAGGUUCCCUAAAUAGCCCGCAGUAAGUGAGAUCUGCAAAGUAGCCAACUUCAUUUUUUCUAAGUGAUUAUAAAUGUUUUAAGGCUGUAAAACCCCCACCGUACACUUUAUACACUCAGACAGGCAACAGCAUUUUCGUUUAAACGCUCAGAAAAGAUCAAACCUUCGUUUGAAUGUUUAACGAUCAACCGUAAGAAAUUAUGAACUCACUCACGCGUAUUUCACUCCCGUGAUCAUGCCUUUUCGCCCUGGCGCCGUUCCGCUGUACUGUGGCAUUUUUCUACCCUUGCUAAAACAUAUUCAUUUACAAGCUAGCAAGCUAGCACGCUAGCGAUGACACAGGAGACAAGGCGGGGCGAUUGAUUGACAACGCUCUUUAGCCAAUCAGGACGCAGAAAACAAUGGGCGGUGCAGACAGAUGAGCGAGGGAAGAGGGAGACACUCAACUUCCCACAAUGCAAUUCUUCUUAAAGGGCCAGGCUCGGCCUGUAACAGCGUUCACGCGCUGUAAUAAUAAAAAGAAUUCUGUGGAAGGUGAACCGCGAUAGAGCGAGGGAACACUCUACAACGUACGGGAGUCCAGGCAGGUCCGACUUGUGCGUGGGUCUUCUUUUGUGACGGCGUACCAGAUUUCGGUGGAGUUGUUUGCCAGCAUCUAUGUGGCCCAAAGCUUUGUCAAGCUCCUCAAAAUAAGACAUCACUCCCCUCCGACGCCGCCCCCCCAGCCUUGGUCUUUCUUUCAUUUCCUAAGUUUGUUGUUUUGUUCGAAAAACCGAAAAGAACAAGCAGCAACCGUCUCGCCUCUUGAUGCAUUCCAGUGUUGUCUGCGUUCUUGUCGCCGUUUCACAUUUCUUCUGCACUUCUUUGGACGUCCAAAUGGACAAGAGACAGCGGGUGUCCGUGUUUUGGGAGCGUUUUCCGUAAUUAGAACUGCAAUGCAACGUAAUAAAGAUGGAGGAAACCCCGCCCACCUCAUUAUGCAAACUAGGGAUGUCCCGAUCCACUUUUUUUGGCUUCCGAUCCAAUCCGAUUCUUUUAUUUAUUCAUUUCUUUAAUUAUGAGCUUUUGUUCCAAACAUGAAUUUGUGGAAUUGAAUAUGGUUAUGAAAAUUGCUCUUCCAAGCAUUAAAAAUAAUGCAAGCGAAGUAUUGCUGAAUGUACUCGUUUACUCCACAGCGAGACCAACAAUCUUGUUUGGCUUCUGGAACAAACCUCUGUGAGUCGGAUCCCUAAUCCAAUAAAAGUCCGUCCAAUAAAGGCUAAAAUUGGGGAAAAAAUGGGCGUGCCAAAUACUUUUAGGGAAGGAGUAAUCAUUUGAUAUGCUUAGGGAUCAAUUUGUGCUGUGAUUUAGAAUAUAUGACAUUUUUUGAACAAACUUUAUAAUUUAUGGACGGUCCCUAGUGUAAACAACCAGCGGUUACGGCAGCGCUUCCCGUGCGAGCAGUGGCGGAGGCAGACGUCUUUCAUUGGGGUGGCCAAGGUGAGACCAUUACUCGCAUAGGGGUGGCAACAAGUUGAUACCUGACACGUCUAGAUGGCCAGCGGGGUGUCCACGGCCCCCAAUGGCCACCACGUAGCGCCGCCACUGCGUGCGAGCUCCCCGCACUGUGACACAGCAGUCCGGGCACCGCGAGGGGGAACUACCGCUGCAGCUACGCAGCCGAAUAUCCGACGUCCACCGCGAAACUACCUUCACCACGGAGCUAGCAUGCUGGAGCAUAGCCCAGAGUUACCAACGGUAUCGGACGAUAUUAUCCCAUUUCCAAAUUACAGCGGAUCGGCAGCCGAUCGGGACAUCCCGAAUGCAAACGGUGCGCUCACUCGGCGCUCACUCGGCCCAGCAAGCUUGCGGAGCCCGAAGCAGCUCCAGUUGGAAGCCACGGAGGAAGCACGACGAUGCAAAAGCAAAGAGCAAAGAGGACCAGCUCCGAAAAAGCUCACAGUGGAAAAGGGGUCAUCGUGGCCUCUUUGGGGCACCCAGUUUGUCUUGCAAGUAAAUCACCCCCCACCCACCCCCACCCACACUUGUUGAAACCACGACGUGUUUUUGUUUUUUGUUUUUUUUUACCUUCCCGUCGAAGGAGCCGGUGCGAAGCGUAAAGAAAACAUCCGCAUCAACAAUAAAACUGUUUCCCUUUUUGAUCUCGAUGCUGAUGUUGUCAUUAUUCUUAUGAUUAUGACUAUUAUUGCUGUUUGUGUAAAGAAUGUGUCGUUUUUGUACAUCGUCAUGAGCAGGUCCUGCUGGACAGGGACAUACGCUUCGGAAAGUGGCCCAACUUCAUAGGCCGCUGAAACUUGACUGUUUUUAUUUGAGCCUCAAAUGAGAAAUAAAGCAGUGACGUGUUAAAACGUGACUUGUAUUUGUCCUUCUGCGUGCUCGCCAAGGUCACGCGGCGGUGCUAACGGGACCGUCAGCCUUUCUCGCUGCAGUGAUGGUGAUACUGGUGAUGAUGAUGAUGAUAAUGAUAACAGCUGUGCUUCUGUUCUUAUCCACAAGGCUUUUUCUUCCUGCAAAAUAAAGACGUUUCAAAAGGAUGGAUGUUGUUUGACUUG